CGAUGUGAUUGGUUGAUAGUGGUCGACUACUAUUAAGCCUUCGUGCCUCUGUCAUGGCUGUGAAAUUUUCCUUGUUUAGAUGAAAAAAUUAACCAGGGCAAUGGCCUUUUUGUGACCGCGCAACUUUACUUUUUAUGGAAGAGAACGAUCCCAGGAAUUUUCGCGUUGUAGAAGAAGCGGAAGAUGAAAUAUAUGACAAGAUAAAAGAGUUAAAAAUUUGCUUAGCUGAUGCGGUUGAGGAUGAAGACCGAAUCGCCGAGGCUGAUGCAUUAAGUUUUCUGGGACUUGCGUUUUAUAAACUCGGUGAUUACACCACCGCAAAAGAAUACCACGAGAAACAUCUCCUAUUAUCACAAGAAUUGAGGGAUGAUAAAGGCGAAAGAAGAGCUCAUUGUAAUUUAGGAUGUCUGUAUAAAAUAACAGGUGAUUUAACCACAGCUAGAGAGCAUUUUACAGCUGCACUGAACAUUGCGAAAGAAAGAGGAGAUAAACGGCCGCUGGCGAAGAUAUAUAACAAUCUUGGGAAUAUUUACGAGUUGGAAAUGAACUACGAAGAAGCGCUUAGUUGUAACAAAGAAAGACUUGCGGUUGCUAAGGAGCUGAGGGACCAGCAUGGUAUGGGAAAGGCUCUUGCAAAUCUUGGCAACUUGUGUCAUGUUUUAGGUCAUCUCAGAGAAAGCAUUGCAUUUUACGAGGAAAUGCUGGACAUUCUAAGAGCUAAGCUAAGUAUGUUCUCAUUGUAAAUGUAUAAAACCAAUUGUCAUUUGUGAAUCAAGAGAAGAUGCUACUCUCGUAGUGCUCAUGCUGAUAAGUAUCCGGCUUGAAUGGGAUUGAAUUCACUGACGCACAGACGAUAUCGAUUAUUCAGUGAACUCACUCAACUCAGUAUACGUGGAGUGUAGGUUAACUGUCAGUUUAUUCUGACACGUCCGAUCACCCCAUAAUCGCUGAGUUGGCUUGAAUCAUUUGGAUCGUUAGCAGUCAGAUGAUUCAAGCCUCUGUUAACUCUUCUUGGUAUCCCUUUUUUUGGUAUCCCUGUGGGCAUCUUGAAUAACAGUACUGUCUCAUGUAAGUUGUGAACAAUAUUUACAUGAAAAAGGGAAUACAGACAUUCAGAGUUAAAUUAAGUUACACUGGCUUUGUUGAGUAAAAUUAACAAGGAGAACUACCCCCCCCCCCCCCCCCCCCCCCCCCCCCCCCGCCACCGCUCCGCCCCCCCCCAGAAACAAGAGUCUUUUUUUUUCACUACUCUUUUCCUUUGGAUUUGUGCUAUAACUAAGUUGGAAUACACUCACAACGCCACAUAAGCGGAAGGAGCAAGCAAUACCCCCCCCCCCCCCCCCCCCCCCACUAUGUAAGGGAUUCGGGAUUCCCGAAUCACGGAAAUUUUUGCUUGUGGACUCCAGAAUCCUGGGAUUUGGAAUCCGGAAUUCGGCUCAAGGAAUUCAGAACCCCAUUGAAGAUGGAGAUCCGGAAUCCAAGUUCCACUGACAAAGAUUCCGGAAUCCACGGCGUGGAGUCCAUAAUCCAAGACUGUCUUGUAUUUCCUUACAUGGAGCGAGAGAAAGCCUGUCAUGAGGAAUACAGGUAGUCACGUGAACUUAACUCUCACUUUUCUUCACUUCAACCAGGAAUACUCGACACUUUGGCUGAAGAGGAAUCCAAUUCAGAGGACGAGGAUGAUCUAGUUGAUAUCGAUUUGGUCGCAUUAGAAGCUGCAGCGUAAGUUGCGAUUAGUCUUAAAACUCAUUUAAAGAUUACGAUUACAGUACUCAAGCUUGUCACGUCACAUAUCGUGUGAUCUUUGGACAGCCAGGUAGUGAAAUCUGUAACUAGCGGACACCGUUGAGGGGUUCCCUGGUGUCGCUUAACUGAGGUGUUCGCUGUACUCAGAUUGGUUCUACUAACAAUGGGGAAAAAAUUGAGGACUCGGUGACACUCAGUUUACGAUGAAAACGUUGUGACAAGCAACUGCAAUAUUAAGCUAAUGAGAAGUUUCUUGUGUCAUUUUUCGAUUUAAGUAGUUCCAUUCUCUUAAUUAAAGCAAGUUCAUUUGUAUCUUGAUCUCAUUCACUGCUCACAAAUCCGUUUGAAACAUUUGAUAAACUCACACUAUUUGAACGUUUUUAUAAUGGUGCUCCUAACAUGGUAGACAUGAAAACUCAUGACGUAAUUCCAUCUAACAUGACGUCACCACAUCGUGAAAACAAUAACUAUCAUGGCUAUAACCCUCUCCCCUUGUCAGUUCUUCAUAACGUCCAUAUCAGCCCCCCUCCAAUCCUAGAAAAGGGGAAUUCAAAUAUGCCCCAUUUGAAUAAGGUGAAGGUCAGGGGGGAUCACUGUACUCCCUUUAAAAAUUAUGAUAUUCCAUUUUCUAGAGAGGUCAAACAGAAGAUGGAAGACGAGAGACUAGCAGAAGAACAAGCACAGGCGGGCGCUAAAAAGAAACGAAAAUUUAAAAACCCUUUCAAGAAAAGACCAAAAACAAGAGAGGAAAAGAUCGAAGCCUGGUUAGAAAACUAGCUUCUCGAAAAGAGGAUUCACGAAACUUUUCCAUCGAAUUAUUGUCAUAAAUUAGGCCUUUGUGGGAAAAAGAUGAACAUAAUUAAUGCUAAUUAUGUGUAUAAACUAAAUUAUACGAUUAUGACCAUAAAAGGCGGCAUCACAAUGUUGUGCAACGUAAAGUUUACUCAGUUCUGUGCUCGAAUGUUGUCAUGUCAUAAGAUUUAAA